UAAAGUUGGUUUCAACUUCAAAACAAAUAGAUAAAAGCAUUUAAUAAAAGUUAGUCUAGUCUCUUAUGCAUUUAUAGCUAAACUUAUUUGUUCUGAAGUGAGCCUCUGUCAUUCAACACUGCCCAUAAAGUGACACUAAACUAGGCCUUAACCGCUUCGUCAAACAGCCUCUGGGGCGUUAUCACUGUAUAAACAGUGGCAGCUGUUUUGGUUUGUGCAAAGCAAAGCAUGCUGGACCACAGUUUAACGCCCAAAAUGGCGGCACGAUUGAAAAGUUUUGCCUGUUUUAUCCGAGUUUGUCUUCUUUACAGAGUAUUUGUUUAGUUGUGUUAGCGGCACUUAAGCAUACCGUUUUCACAGUGGUGGCACGCCGGGAUUUGAUCUAGUGAUUGUCCAAUAAGGGAAAAAAUUAGGAUGGCGUUUUGCUAUCCGCUCAAAUUCCGGCAUCACUUUACUAAUGCUAGGCUAAGCUACUCUAGGCUAACAAGCUAACUACUUUCAGAUGAGUGGUGGUGAAAAGCUUCGGUAGCUCGCGUUAGUUAUGUCUUGUCUCACCUGGAUCUCCACCCUGGAUAUGAGGAAGAGGGUAUUGCCAUAGAAAUGGAGGAUGAUGUGAAAAAAGUGAAAAAGCCUGGUAUCGUGUCUCCGUUCAAGCGAGUCUUCCUGAAAGGAGAGAAGGGGAGAGACAAGAAGGCCCAGGAGAAGGCCACCGAGCGCAGGGCACUCCACACCUUCUCACUCUCUCAGCCCGACCAUCGCAUUGACCCUGACAUCCUGCUUAACGACUAUAUUGAGAAGGAAGUCAAAUACUUGGGACAGCUGACCUCCGUUCCAGGAUACUUGAACCCAUCAAGUCGCACUGAAGUGUUGCAGCUCAUUGACAAUGCACGGAAGUCCCAUCAGUUGGCAGGCCAGCUGACGUCAGAGCAGGAUGCAGUGGUGAGCUUGUCGGCGUACAACAUAAAGCUCGUGUGGCGCGAUGGAGAAGACAUCAUCCUGAGAGUGCCCAUCCACGAUGUCGCUGCCGUCUCCUACAUAAGGGACGACUCUCUGCACCUUGUGGUCAUCAAAACAGCCCAGGAGUCGGGAGGUUCUCCUUGUCCCAGCUCGUGUCCUGACCUCAACAAGUCUCAGACCCUGAGCUCCUUAUCGGAGAGCGGAGCUGUGCUCGUGGAAGUCUGCUGUUUGCUUGUGCUGGCCGUGGAUAACAAGGCAGCAGCGGAGGAGCUGUGUCUUCUGCUCAGCCAGGUCUUUCAGAUCGUUUACACAGAAUCAACCAUCGACUUCUUGGACAGAGCCAUUUUUGAUGGAGCAACUACACCUACCAGACACCUCUCUCUUUACAGUGAUGAUUCUUCAAGCAAAGUGGAUGUUAAGGAGGCCUUUGAAGAAGAAGCCGGCACAUUUCCGUUUCAGGCCUCUAUGGAGGCAGAAGGGAACUCUCCGUCAGCAUCGACCCCAGCGUCCCCUCAGACCAAGACCGCGAGCGAAGGAGAGCUCAGCACCACGGCUGCCGAGCUGCUGCAGGACUACAUGACCACACUGCGGACCAAACUAUCAUCGCAGGAGAUCCAGCAGUUCGCCACCUUGCUUCACGAAUACCGCAACGGGGCCUCCAUUCAUGAGUUCUGCAUUAACCUGCGACAACUCUACGGGGACAGCAGGAAGUUCCUUCUACUUGGCCUGCGUCCCUUCAUACCAGAGAAGGACAGCCAGCACUUUGAGAACUUCCUCGAGACCAUCGGCGUGAAGGACGGCCGCGGCAUCAUCACGGACAGCUUCGGUCGUUACCGGCGCACCGCCAGCUCCGCCUCCGACUCCACCACCAACGGCAACGGAGCGGCGGGAGGAAGCGCCGCCUCGGACGAGGGCCAGGAGGCCUCCGAGGGGGACGAAUGGGACCGCAUGAUCACCGACAUCAGCAAUGACAUAGAAGCUCUCGGCUGCAGUAUGGACCAGGACGGAGCGACGCCCUGACGCGGUGAAUAAAGGGAGCGGUGGACUCUUAAUGGCAGCCGCUCCUCGAAUGAACAGUAGGCAUGAGCUGAGCAGAUCAGAUGAAGGGGGUCCUGAGCACUGACCUAAGAUUUUGGUUAAUUGUAUUUUCCUCUAAUUAUCAAGAGGACGUUCCAUUUUUCCCUACGCACUCAAGGAAAACCUCAACCUAUUACCACAAAAACAUGAAGUCAACAAAUGCACUUAUGCAGAUCUGUUAGGUGACAAGCAGUCAGUUGGCUAUUUUUGCAACUCGGAGGGAUUCACAGCUUCUGAUGUCGUUUUUUUUUUUUUUUUUUUUUUUUUUGUGCUCAUUUAUUGGCAGUAUCUGCCACGGCUGUCAGCAAUGUAGCGAAUAUCUGUUUUGAAUACCCUCAGAGACUCUGGAGGAUCCACCAGAGUCCACGUUUUGGAAGGUUCAGACUGAGGCUGUGCGUGUUUGUGCUAUCGUUAUACUAUAGGUCACUCGGCUUCAUCCACCAGGAGGACUUUGCUUAUUUUCAUUUAUUUCACAUUCUGUUGAGAGUGUAACAUUUAGCUAUAUUUUGUUUUUCCAAUGAGAUUUGUGUACCACUUUGUUUUACACUAUCCUUUGUUUACUCAUUUUGAUAUAUAUAUAUUUUUGCCUUAUUCAAACUGUCCAAGGAAAUGCUGUAAAAACAAAACUUCUCUCUCAGUUAAAGCGACUGAAUGGGGGACUGUAUUUGACAAAGCCAUUUAGGCUGAAGUACAUCUGUUUUUGUUCUCAUGCAGGUCAUCUUGUCUUGUGACAUUACAUGUAUCUGUCAUUGUGCCUUUACACUGCAGUACUGCUGCCAACUGUCUGUCACCCACAGACGGGUAAUUAUGAACUGUAACUACAGUUGUUGAGCAAAUCAUGGUUAUUAAAUAACGGCUACUUUA